GAUCAGAAAUUUUUUUCCCGGGGGCGCGCGCCUGUACCCGUCCGGCCCCGGGCGGGGAAAGGGGUCGAGAAACCCCGCGCUAAGGGGCCGGUGGCAGUGGGGGCAAUGCCGAAGCGAUGCUGCCCCUUUGGGGAUGCGAGCCCGCUGCAACUCAAGGUCAGGGUCGGUCCGAAGGAGCUGAGCCGAGGCGUCUUCGGAGAGCGCUAUACGCGGGAGAUCUUUGAGAAGACCAAGCAGCUCUUGUUCCGGGGAGCCCAAGCCUACAUGGACCACAUGUGGGAUGAGAGCUGUGCCACGAACCACCUUCCAGAGCCAGCAAAGCACGGUCAUGAAGCCCCAAGGGCAGUGUGUGCUCUGAGUGGGCAGAUGCUGAUUGGGCAGGAUGGGAAACUGCUCCGGAGGCCUGCACAGGCCACAGGUGACACAGACUCAUCGGAGGGAAUGGCCAAAGCCUGCUCUUCCUGUGUAAGGACUGUCCAUGGGAAAGAGACCUGUAGCCAGUGUGACCGCUUCCUGUGUCAGAGCUGCAUCAAAAUCUGCUAUGGCUGCGACACUGUGGUCUGCUUGCUGUGUGCUGUUGUUAAUUACAGUGACAUUGGUGAGAGUGCACUCUGCAGUGGCUGCUCCAUGUUUGAAGCCUGAUGUUCAGUUGAAAAGGACUGCCUCUUCUGUCUGGGAGGCCUGUGCACCUUGGCCAUCUCCAUCUACACAACUGACACUAGUGUUUAGAUGGAAGAACUACAGAAUUUCUAGGAUUUUGUGGCGUGUAUGUUUUAUAUUUUGUACUCUAAAUAGAAUAAGUAACAGAACUGAAUAAAAUCUUUUUAUAUUUGGA